AUAGAACACCAAACACUUGUGUUGGCAAUACAAACCAGAAUAUUGGUACCAUAAACAGCUAUUAUACAACUCAUAGAAAAUAUCAAAAUAGUAAUUCUAAAGAAAUUUCUAAAGAAAAAUGCCAAGAUACAAGAGAUAGAAAUAUAGCUAUAGCGAUAGUUUGA